GGCGCGCCCGGAUGGAGCGCUGAGGCGCUGAGCCCCGCCGGGCCGGGCCGGGCCGAGACGUGACGAUGUGGAUGCGACGGCUCCCGGGAAGCAGGUCAGCUUGCCCGCUCGGAAGCCAUGCUUGGAUUCUAAUAGCCAUGUUCCACCUAGCCAUGGACCUUGCCAGCUGCCAGCCCGCAGCAGCCGCCGGCCCCGGCGCGAAGCUCUCGGCGCGGCCGGCGCUCCGGCACAGACUGUCCCGCGGCUCGCUCUGGGGCACGGCGGGCACGGAGGAGCUGCACCGCCCCGGCCCCGCCUGGACCUGCGGCCCCGCUCCCCCCGUGCCGCGACCCCGCUCCCGCCGGCCGCCCCCCCCCGCCGCCGCCGCGCCCGCCGCCCGCCCCGUGCGCCGCCCGCGCUCCCGGAGGGGCCGGCGGCAUCUCCGCGGCCGCGGCUUCGCCCCGCGGGACGGGAGACCCACGGCGCUGCCCGAGGUCAUCGUGUGGGGCCCCACGGGCGAGGAGGACUCCCUGGAGAGCAGCACGCUGCCCAGCGCCUUCGCCACCACCACCACCACCGCCGCCGCCGCCGCCGCUGCCACCACCUCCGCCAGCACUGCCGCCGCCGCUGUCACCUCUGUCACGGCCGCCACGCCGCCCCGGGUGCCCCCCAGCACUGCGGCUCCGGUGCCCGGCGGGGACGGGUCCCGCAGCGGCCCCGGGCGCAGCAGCACCGCCGAGCCGGCCGCAGGGCACAGCAGCGGGGGGAAGGAUGCUCGCCCGCCGCGUGGGCUGGGAGACAGCACAGGUCUGGCUGUUCAUCAGAUAAUCACUAUUACAGUGUCCCUCAUCAUGGUCAUAGCUGCGCUGAUAACAACCCUUGUCUUAAAAAAUUGCUGUGCGCAGAGCGGGCGCCCCCGGCGCAACAGCCACCAACGCAAGCUGGACCAGCAGGAGGAGAGCUGCCAGAACCUGACGGACUUCGCCCCCGCCCGCGUGCCCAGCGCCCUCGACAUCUUCACCGCCUACAACGAGACGCUGCAGUGCUCCCACGAGUGCGUGCGGACCCCCGUGCCCGUCUACGCCGAGGACACCUUGCACUCGCCCGGGGAUUAUAAAACCACCUUCAAUGGAAACAGACCCUCUUCUUCUGACCGGCAUCUUAUUCCCGUGGCCUUUGUGUCUGAGAAAUGGUUUGAAAUCUCCUGCUGACUGGCCGAAGCCUGUUUGACUUCUGGGCGCAGGGCAGACGCCAGCGGGCUGUUUCCUGGAUUCCAUUGGUGAACCUGUAAAAAAUAUAAAAAAAAUAAUGGGUUACCUGUACCUACCAUUUCUGUUUACCAGUAGGAGACUCAAAGAGCAGCGUUCUAUGGGCCAAAUAUAUUUUUAUAAAAAUGAACGCGCCUAUAGGUAACUGCGUUGUCAAGGAGCACGUUUUUGGGAGGAGAGAAAGGAAAGUGUGCGAGUAAAGAAUCCCGUGGAGGAGGAGGAGGAGGAAGAGGAGGAGGAACCAGCAAAGGGAUGGAAAAGGAAGGAAUGAGCGCCUGGAGCCCGGCCAUGGACGGUGACUCUGAACCUGUGCCAAUAAUUACCAUUAUGUGCCAUGAACUGAUGCAAAGACUUUGCAAAGAGCUGAGACAAUAACGCCUGGAAAUGUUGUGGAGGACAAGUGGGGCAUCUCUUCUGGUGGGGUCAUCCAUUCCAGUCCAUACAUACGGUAUAUGUAGAGAGAAAAUAUAUAUAUAUAUAUACACACACAAACACUUUUUGUACUGUAGCAAUUUUUGAAGAUCUUAAAUACUCAUUUUUAAAGAAGAUGUCAUGGGCUAAAAGUCUCAUUUCUUUAACACGCAUCAUGCAAACUGGGUGAUCUGAUGUUUUCUACUUUGGCAGCUUGCCUGUCAACCUAUAUGUGUAUAUGUAGGUAGACAUAUAUACAUAUAUAUACGUGUGUGUGUAUGUAUAGACAUAUAUAUGUAUGUAUACAUAUAUAUAUAUAAUUUUGGUUCUUUUUGGAAAUGCUUUUCCAGCGACGCGACCGUGGUGGGAGACAGCUGGGGCUGUGCUGCCGGCGGGAAGCAGAGGAAAAGCUUCCCAAAACCAUCCAGAGCACAGCUCAAGGCAGUGCUGAAGGUAUUUCCAGGCUUCUCUAUCCCAAGACAUCAUCAAGGUCGAUGGGAAGAAGCUGGAAAUCCUGAGCCUGCCCCGUUUCCACAGUGCUGUGAUUUCUGCCGUGCUAGGCAUGACACCUCGGGGCUGGACGGGGCAGAUUUUAGGGUGGACUUCCAAGAGAUGGGCCUCUCAUGGCACAGAAGAAAUUUAGGAAUGGGGUGUGGGAAGGUUUUUGGAAAAUGGCUUCUGAAUUGGCCAAAGCACCAAAGUUUACUCAGCCCUGUGUGAGAAACCAGAGGAAGGAGCUCAUGUCCUCCUCCCCCAGCCUGGGGCUGUGGGAUUGAGAGAGCCUCUUCCUUUGUUCUCCCGGUCUUGGCUGGCUCUGCUGCAGCAGGAGAAGACACAGCCGGCUGUCCACAAUCCUGGAGAUCUCUUAAUAGUGUUCAAAGGGAAUUUUUGCCAGGGAAGCACGAUUCUGCAGGCUCCAGUUUGGCGUGUUGCUCUAGAAACACGUCCACGCCUGUCCAGCUCCUGCUGGGGUGGGUGGCGUUCGUGGGUGCUGACCCUCAACCCUCUGUCCAAGUCUUUCCAUGGAGUCAGGUGCUGCCAUGCCGUGCUGCACAUCAGACACUGGGAUGGGUCUCACUCGGGUCCCUUCAAUGCUAAAAGGGUGGAAACGACAGCAGAGAUCAGACCAAAGUCCUCCAGUUCUUUUUUGUAAACUGCCCUUGGUAAAUACUAGUGGUUUUUUAGAAUUGUCCAGAUCCACGUUUCUACUCCCCCACUGAUUACUCAGCUCCUUUUCUUUAUGAUAAUGAACGUGCAGUUUAAAAACAAACAAAAAAAAAAAAAAAAACAAA